AUGCCCCCGAGAGCCCCUCAGCGUCUGCUGCACGCUCUCGCCGGCGUCACCGAUACCGAAGAUGAAGUCCACAUCGUCGCUUCCUCGAAGUCCUUGGCCCAGCAGUCGGGAGAGCACUUUCUCUAUCCUGCCCUGCUUCCGGAACUGGAGCCCGACGAGGUGCGCUACUUCGAGUUGGUCGAAGCGGCGGACAUCACCAAUCUGCAGGCGUUCCUCGCUUCUCACGCGAGCCUCAACAAGGACUGCGUCAACUGUCAGGGCUACACGGCGCUUCACGUUGCGGUCCGCCGGAAAGACUUGUCGAUGGUGAAAUUCUUGGUUCAAAAUGGCGUCCGGCUCAAUGACGUGCUGCUACACGCCGUCGAAACGGGCGACGUGCCAUUGACGGAGUUCCUCGUCGCGGAACUAAGCAAGACCGACCCGCAGUGCGAGAAACGUGGAUACCCGCACAGUGCCACGUACACCGCUGACGUGUCACCCAUUAUUCUGGCUGCUCAAAUGGGCCACUGGACACUGAUACACUUCUUCGUCAAACGAGGCCUGGAGGUCGAAGCUCCCCACACGGCCUCCUGCCUCUGCAAAACUUGCAUCAAGGUAAUGAGGGUAGAAGGAGUGAACGCAUCGACGCGCAACCUAAACACGUACAAGGCCAUCUGCAAUCCCCACUACAUGCUCCAGGUAUCCGGCGACCCUAUACUCGAUUCGUUCCUCUACGCUCAGGGCAUGGCCGGGACGUCCCACGCCGAAGAAGAAUUCCGAAGAGAAUACGACCAGGAGAUCGCGAAGCUUCGAACGUUUACGUGCGCCCUGCUCGACCAAUGCCGCACGGUUGAGGAGACGCGCGUACUCCUAGAACGACCGGCGGGGCUCGAAGGCCGGGUGGCGCACCUAGCGUUUCCGCGCGUCAUCCUGGCCCUGCAGUACAACGAGCGCGAGUUCGUCACGCACGGCCACGUCCAGCAAGUGCUUCGCAUAGAAUGGGAAGGAGAGUUCAAAGCGUGGAACCGACUGGCGUUUCCAGUAAAGCUCGUCCACUUCUUGAUCAGGUUCUUCACGCUGCCCGUCGUAGUAAUUUGGGUCAAGCUGAUGCCGCAGUCGGUCAUGGCAAAGCACUGGUCGAGCCCCGUGAACAAGUACAUGAACCACUUCGCUGCGAGGCUCAUGUUCGUAUUCUUCGUGUAUAUGCAGAUAUGUCUCGACAAGGCGAGAGCGUCCCGGGGCGCUCCUCACACCGGGGUCGAGUGGCUUAUCGUCAUCUGGGUAAUGGGCUUCGUCUUCGAAGAGAUCGUACACUGUUAUACCAUCGGCGCUUCGCGAUACUUCAGCAGCAUGUGGCACUGGUACGACAUAACCAUGAUCAGCCUAUUCUUGCUCACUUUCAUCUUUUGGAUUGUCGCUUGGGCGGAGUUGCUAGGAGAUCCGAGCAGAGGUACCGUACCUCCUCGCAAGGAUUGGCCCAGCAUGGACAGCACUCUCAUACACGAGGCACUGUUCGCGGUGUCCUCUGUGAUGAGCGUCUUCAAGCUCAUGUUCUACUUUCAGGAGAGCGCCAAGCUAGGACCGCUGCAAGUGUCUAUUUCAUCCAUGAUGAUCGAGAUCGUGCGGUUCUUCUUCAUCUGUAUCUGCAUCAUGCUGGCGUUUGCGUUCGGGCUGACGCGCAUGUACGAGCCCUACAAAGGAAUGAAAAGGACGGAACCCGACGGCGAGGAAGUGAAACAGAGCCCAGCUUUCACAUCGUUCGGCAAUUCCAUGAAGACGCUCUUCCUUCGGAUGCUGGGCGUCGCGUCCGAUGAUCAGGCAGACGUGGUGGUGGCUAACGCCGAGGACGGGUCCAUCAACGAGCACAGGUUCACCGAAGUAGUUGGCUCCACCAUGUACUCUGUCUACCAGGUGCUGAUGCUCAUCGCGAUGCUGAACUCACUCAUUGCCAUCGUGACGGGAACCUUCCAGAAGAUAAUCGACAACGCUGAGGUCCACUGGAAGUUUUACAGGACGCGGCUCUGGAUGCACUACAUCAACGAAGCGCUUGUCGCUCCCAGCCCUUUCCUGUUCUUCCAGAUGCCACUCCUGAUAAUGGAUUUGGUGAAGAAAAGAAGAUACUGGCCGCUGAGGAACCAACCGGUGGAUUCUUACUCCGACGUCGUCAACAAAGUGGUGCAACGAUACCUCUGCCACGAACGUGUCAUACUGUACGACUGA